ACUCGGCGAGCCCGUCCGGCAGCCACGUGGCGGUAGACGAGGCGCUGCUGCUGCGGUUGCAAACGGAGCGCUCCCUACUGCGCCGGAAGCUCCUGCAGCUGUCGGAGCGGGUGCGGGUGGAGGAGGCGACCCGCAGCGCCAACAUGGGCGAGUAUCUCCAGCUGCUGCGGGGCGCUGGCGGGGCCCAGUCGCUGCGGCUACGCCGGGCCUUCGAGCAGAAAAACCUGCGCCUGUCCGCGGUGCUGGCCGAGCUGCGCGGCCGUCUACGACACUACACCCGCCGCCUGAGCGAGCUGGACGCCGGUAUCCAGCUCCUGCGGGCGUCCCGCCCACGUGGCCCCUCGCUCCAGGCCGCCAUGCCGCUAGCCGACGCUAAAGCCCACCAGGUCCGCUUCGAGCCUGACGGCGAGGCGGGGACGGAGGAGGAUGCCAACACGGAGGAGGAUGGCGACGAGGAGUGGGCCGACGCUGACGCCGACUCUGCCGGCACGCCCAACCAAGACUUCCCCGGAGGGAUGGGCGCGGCUGAGUGGGCAGACCAGCACCUCAACCUCCUGUCCCUGCUCGAGGAGAUCACGGAACUGAAGGAGGCCCAGGUGGUCCUGGAGGUCAGCCUCAAGGGCUUGACCGAGGAGCUUGGCCGGGACUACACCGUCCUGGAGCAGAUGGUGCAGGAGGAGACCUACAGGUCAAACCAGUUGCAGUCCCAGAUGAACGACUUGAUCGACCUCCAUCAGAACGAGGUCAUCAACCUCAAGAGCGAGUUGGCGAGUCUGGAGGAGAAGAUUGCCUACCAGUCGUACGAGAGCAGCAGAGAUAUCUGGGAGGUGUUGGAGAGCUUCCAGGUGAAGCUGGACAGCCUGGAGCAGUUGCAACAAGUGUCGCAGGUGGAGAGCCGGGAGGUGCGUGGGACUCGGGAGCUGGUGGGCAAGUGCAUGAACCUGCUGCUGAUGGUGUUUGCCGUGGUGUUGAUGGCCAUGUCCACCGUGGCUGCCCUGGUGCUGCCCUUCAUCCGCACGCGGGCCCGGACCGUCACCACCGGCCUGGCUCUGCUCAUCGUGCUGGGCGUCUGGCGGAACUGGAACUCCUUCAAUGCCUGGCCCGGGAUCCGGGAAUCACAGGGGGAGUGAGUGACGUCUCACAC